GGUUCAAUUGUUACCCGGGAAAGACGCCGUCGCCGCGAGCCAUCUAGAUCUGGCCCGUGAGGCGCUUGUAGGCCUCGCGGCCCUGCUCGAUCUGGGCGCGCUCCAACUUCGUGAGUGGCUAAGGGGCGAGGGCCGCAGGCGCAUGAAAAUUGUAAAACUCGCAUCGUCGUGGAGCGCGUCGCCAGCAGUCCUAGAUCACAUUUUGAGCAUCAGCGCACGGCAAAAAACCGACGAGGCGAGUCGAAGUGGUCCGCGGUGCCCGCGAGCUUGAUGUCGCAUUGUUGGAUCUCCGUGCAUUUCCUCGCCGCCAGCAAUUAGUCCAGGGAGUUACAGCGUUUGUAGGAGCCAACCCACGUAGUCUGUUCGUGCCGGAUACCGACGCGAAAACACUGUUUGCUGGAAAAGGCGUCCGGUCACGCUCCAGGUUGCUCUUCCACCUCGCGGGGCGAGGCAGUCGCUGAAUCCUGACAACGCCGGGGUUCUUUGAGUCCUAUGAGCACGGACUGAACCCUUGGGGCCGGCGCCGAAGGGCGCAGGCAACUGCUGCGGGACCGGCCCGGCUUUCGAGGGCCUGGCGCCGCCAGGCAGGGUACCGGCCAACCUCGGCCACCACAUUUCGCCUUGGGGCUCCAGGAGCGGAGGGCACGACUUGAGGCCGUCGCCGAGGCGGCCGGGCGGCCGUAGGCUGUCGGAAACGACGGGCGCGUAGGGCCUGGCUGGUCUUGCGGUCGGCGUCAGGAGCUGACACACGCUGGCGGCGCUCGCUGCAUCGGCUGGAUGGCUAGCGCGGCGCGGUCACGAACGUGUCGUAGCUCUGUUCGCCCCUCCGCCCUUCUAGCGCCGCGAGAGCGGAGGCGUCGCCGCGCAUCGCUCCGUGAGACUCCGCGGCUUCCACAGUUCUGUCAACAGCGACGAUCUGUGUCCGCGGCAGAUAUUUUCUACCGCGCGUGCCACACGACGCCGCGGAGCAGCUCUGCUUGACAGGCAGCCUAGCAGACUGCUGCUUAUCGCGUGCGCGCAGUUGUCGGGACGGGGCCGUUGGCAACGUGAGCAUAAUUUGUGGCUAAUUCCGCGCUCCAGCUAUGCGGACGUCGGCGCUUGUAGCUGAGGAGCAGCGCUGACCGACGGCUGGACCAGCUAGCGACCUGUAAGACACUAGCCAGCAUUUUGCGCGGCGCCUUGCUGCCGGUGAACGCUGUGCUCACCAGCCGUUUGAGGGCAUCAAUUACUGCGACGGAACCGCUCCACAACUUGAGAUAAUUCGGGAGCCCUGCGCUGCAUUUACAGCUAUUCCAGCUAUUCCCACUCUCAGCGGUCGCCCUCGCGUCGCGUAACGUUCCAAAAUAUGGAGCAGACGCCCCCCUGGAAGCCGAAGGAGCCGCCGUAUACAGAAAAACACUAUCGAGGACAACCGAGCGCACAUCAGCUCAAACUGAUCCUCUUCCAUCACGCCGUGGAGAUCGUGGGCCACAAGCUGUCCCAACCGGAUUCGAGAAGCCUAGCCAUCGACCUGAUGGCGUCCACCGCGUCACCAGAUCAGGUCAAAAUACGCGACGCGGCAUGGGCCAAGCGCGACGAGGUCUGGGCCAAGUACCGCCGCGCGUGCAGCGAGUACGAGGAGGCGCAGCGCAACGCGCCCGAGGAGGUGUACAAGGCUGGAAGCGUUGGAGACCGCAAACGGAAGCGCGACAAGGACAAGGAAGACGAGCUGCAAAAGGCCGCCGAAGAUGAGAAGGCACGCGCGGCGUUCCUCGCGAAAAUGCAGGACAAAUUAGAUAAGGACAAGGAGGCCUUUGUCACGGAGAUCGAGGCGUUGAUAGAAAACGAGUCGAUGCGGCCCGCGAUCGAGGCCAUCAUGAAGCACGGGAUGUGCGAGUGCGCGGGAGCACACGGUGUUAUGUGCGCGUGGGUCUUGAUGACGUGGUUCGCGGCUGAGGCGUUCCGGGCGAAGCACGGGGCCGAGGCGUCGUCGGUCUUGGCGUCCAUGGGCGACGAGCAGAAAUCCACGUACCUCGUGGACGCCAGUGUGGAAAUCAAAGUUUUACGACGUCUUCGGAUUCACUGAUUUACACACAGGUGACAAGCAUGAAGCAGAUCCCGAAGUUAGAUGGAGACGUCGAGGCGCAGUUAGAAACGGCCGCUUCCGGCGCGUGGCGCACGAUGGAGGGCUUGCAGUGGCCGCCGGAGCAUAAAUUUGUUGAGGCCACGUGCCGUAGAAGCAUUGAAAAAGAUUUACAGCCAUCAACUAGGUGGUCCGGGAACAAUCGAGCUGAGAAACUCGACAGCAUGGUCGUCAAAGAGUGUGGCAUGUCACAAGAUGAUGCUCGGAAACUCGAAGAGUCCGAAAAAUUCAAUAUGCUAGUAGAAAAGAAACGCCAGAAGUACGUUACGCCUUUGGAACAGAUGAGUCGACACCAUGAGUUGUUUGAAGCCCUCGUUACCUAUCCUAGUACUCUGGACGAGAUGGCACGUCUCGUGAAGACGAUUGUAGCUAUGGCGCACGGUGAUACUUUACUGACCAACAGACACUGUGCGGUAUUGGAUGAACGUGCAGUUUUGAGGCGGCGAGAUCAGUAUUUAGAGGCCGAGCAGAAGGGCGAGAUAGGCAACCUCGAAAAAUUUUAUAGUGGACCUGGUAAUCGGGAAGAUCGCGGCUUUGAAAUAGGAAAGAAGUUCACGACGACCUUGAUGACGAAGCAGGGCUUGCCCGAGUGUACGAAAGUAGGUCGAGGCCGCCUUUCUCUUCUUGAUGAGGGCGACGCCAAAUUAAACGUAGAUAGUUUAUUGACGACGACGGGCGUGGCGCGCUGCUACGUGAUUUCGGGUGCCGUGAGAGACGUGGAAAAUACGAAAGAAGCUGCUGCUGGCCGAGUCGUCGUCGCGUGCCUUGUAGGGAAUGAAGUGUGGCACGUCAUGGGCAAUCCAGGACACUUCGCCAUGUUGAAUCCCUUUACACCAAACUGCUUCAUGAUGCUUGCUACGAAAUUCUUGACUGUUUUAGCGUUGGGAUAUCGACAGUCUACGUCUCUCGUACCUGCGGUCAAGAUGGUCACGUCCGACGACGGCGGCGUUAUGGUAGGCGAGGCCUCUGAUCAGGAGAUGAAAGCUAGUGUGAAGUGCGUCGCUCCGAAAUUAGCUGCGCAGAUGGACACGGUGAUGGCCAGAGCGGUCAAAGUCAUCGGCGAGAACAACACCACGGACGCGUCGGUGCGCUUGUUAGCUGCGCGGGUCGCGUCGGCGUCGUCGUCCGGCGCGCUCGCGAGCCUCGAGUCCAGCGACGGCGGUGUAGGGACCGGUUUUGGCGUUGACGUGGGCGCGCUCAGGAAUUUGAUAGAUUCGAUGCCCAACAUCGCCGAUAUCUCGAAGGCCGUCGGCCCGCUCGGGCACAUCCUCUGUAGUUGCCCGACGCCGGAUCCGCCGCCGGCGCCGGCGCCGGCGCCGCAGCCGACGAAUGUGAAUGACACCGACCCGCGCAACGCCUGGACAGACCGCGAGUGGGACGAGUUCGCGCAGCAGCACGGGUAGCUAUGUAGUUUGUAACUUGUAGCUGUCUUAAUUCCGAGCUCGACUCGCUGCAUACGCGCCAGUUAGCCACAAAAUCGUGGCCAUCUCG